AUGCUCCUCGGGGGACGUGGUCCAAAGAAGGAUCGGGCUCCCGUCGCGCGACUCGAGAAAAGCGAGCGGAUUAGACUUUAUCCGGUUCCGAAACAUUUUCCUGACAUUGGAUGCUCGAAGGCGACAACGAAAGAGUGGACAUUGUUCACAACGAUGGUUGCCAGUCGAAUAUUUCGUGCAAGUAGUUGUGCGAAUUGCCGCUUAUCAGUAUUGAGGCAUUUCGUAUCAAUUGGAGUACAAACGCCGCGCAUUCCGCUUCCAACUACAACCGCAUUGCGACCAUCUCCAUCGUUCAGUCGAUACGGACGUUCGUUUUCGAGCCACCGCAACCUUCGCCAGCGCGAGACGCCAGGAUGGGACCAGGGUAUAGAACAUCGAUUCGAUGAGAAUGACGAGCACGAGAGUGUGGAGGAAAGGAUCAGAGAAGAUAACCCAGGAGAGACGGACGUAGCAGAGGUAGAUCUGGAGGAGCUAGAUGAAGAUGCAACGCCAUGGUAUCUCCAGGUCGAACCGCCAGAACGAGCACCGCGGCCACUAUCAGAACGCCAAAAAAUGCCAGAGCUACCAGAACGACCUCCCCCAAUUCUAGAACCCCUUCUUAACCAAGUGUCGAUUGAUCUCGGUCUCGACAACUUGACUCUGCUGGAUCUUCGAAAAUUGGAUCCGCCACCGGCCCUGGGAGCCAAUCUAAUUAUGGUCAUCGGCACAGCGCGAAGUGAAAGACAUUUACAUGUGUCCGCGGAUCGACUGUGUCGUUGGCUAAGAAGUACAUACAAGUUGCGACCGAGCGCCGAUGGACUGUUGGGAAGAAAUGAGCUGAAAUUGAAGCUCAGGCGUAAAGCGAAAAGGGCGAAGUUGACAGGUGGUUCCGACGAAAAUGCUGAUGAUGGGAUCCGGACCGGCUGGGUGUGUGUGGAUGUGGGUGUUAUUGAGCCAGCAGAUGGGGUGGAAGUAGUGGAGCAACCACAGGGGUUUGUUGGGUUCGGUCGGAGGACAGAUGGUGUAAGAUUGGUGGUACAGAUGCUCACAGAAGAGAAAAGAGAAGAGAUAGACUUGGAACGGCUGUGGGGGGGGAUUUUGCGAAGAUCAGGCGAGCCAGGUGAGAUGCUAGAGGAUGGCGCCCAGGGCGAGGCUGUGAGCGAAGCAGACCUUGGUACCCCAACGGUAGCACAUUUUUUGCCAACGCGAAGCCUGGAUGGCCCCUCGUCGGUCCCAGGUAAAAGAAAUUUUCAUACCAGUGCGCGCAGGCUUGUAUCCAGUGAAGGGAAUCCACCGAAGAGCAACACUGUUGGAGCAGAAACUGCACUCUACAGCAAAGUUUCAGCAUUUCUAGCAUCAGGAGAUUAUGAAGCUGCGGAGGCUUCUCUGAGGCGAGCUUCCGAACUGUAUCCGCGAUUGAGUUAUGGCGGUUGGAGCAAUGUCUUCCAAGAACAGCUCCUUCUGCAUAUUCAAAGUCUUCCGCAAAAGCAGGCGCUUCAACUACUAGGCACUGGCUUUACCGACUACAAAUCGACACCUUUUCUCCGUUCUUUCUACGGUAGCCUUGAGAUGUACCCUAAGGCAACGGAAGUAGAAGCGAGAGUUUGGCUGCAUGUGUUUGCACAAACAUUGAAUCAUAACGGAUAUCCAUGGCAUGGGCUUCUUGACUUGUUCCGCUCAUUGCAGCUGGCUGGCGCAUCUAUAUCCCCAGUGGCGUUUAAGCGAAUGGCUCUUGGAGUUUUAUGUGCGUAUCAAGCUAAUAAUCAAACUGGUGAUCGAAGCCUAGCAGCGUUGAACGGAGUGUUGGAAAUCAUUCGGUGUAUGUACUCUCAGGGGCUCGAGGUCAUCGACGAGGGAUUAUUCGUGGAAUUGCAGGAGGCAACGAGGUCUGCAGAAUUACCUGGUCAUCCAGUGGAGUCUUUGGAGUCCUUCGCGCUUCCAUCGUAUCCUUUAUCUGCGUUGCAGGGUCGACUUCAUGCCUUCAUGAUCACUGUCGACCUACCCUGUUUUACGGAAGCGAACAGAUUGCGUUUGAUGGACCUUUAUAGAUCGCAGGGUAAUUGGAUAGAAUUCUGGGACAUCUUCAGAAUGGCUCAUCGACGGGGAAGAUAUCAAUCAGCCAGCAUUUACGCCUUUAUGUUUGCCAGUGUGGCAGGCACUGGACACCAGAGGGGUUGUAUGAAAGCUCUUCGGAUUUGGAUAUCAUCUAUGACACAUGAAAGUCCACCGGUUCCUAUAGAAGGCCAAGUUGCGCAAGCUAUCAGGGCUUGUUUGAAGGUUGCUGAUCCUUCUGUGGAGGAGAAGGCCAAGAGUGACUCCGAAUCCAACGAUGAGUGGGUGGUGCUAUGGCAGAAAUGUGGAUGGUCUGAGGAACAAGGUCAGCGGUUCAUGUACGAGUAG